AUGACUCAUAACAGUUUUAAGAAGUUUCAUACAUCGGUGAAAAAUUUUGGAAAUGAAAUCUCAAAACGUCCCAAGAGGGAUGAUAAUAAAUCCGAUGAAACUGAUGAUGAAAAGAUUGACGACGAGAAUUCAGCUUUUCAGGAAGAAAGUUCAAAAUUCUUUGGAAGUAAAAAGUCAUUUGUGUUGGUUUACACGUUAAGUGCGAUGCUUUUUAAUUGUGGUGGCUCCUACACUCGUGGUAUUAUCUCAACAUUGGAAAAGCAAUAUAAACUAUCAAGUACGAGUAUUGGAGUGAUGUAUGCUUUGGAAGAUGUCAUCAGCGGCAUUUUGGCUAUCAUCAUUCCUUACUAUACAUCCAAAGGACAUUUCCCACGUUGGAUUUCUUUCGGUUUGUUUCUUCUAUCAGUUUCAUUAGUGUUGCAAGUAGUACCUUAUGCAAUUUAUGGACCGGGAAGAGAUGCGCUUGCUUUAACGGAAGAAUAUGGAUCGGAAUUCAAUGGCAAUCUUACAUGGGAACGCAUAAAACGAAACAAAUUAAAAAAUUUAUGUUUUGAAAAUAAGACAACAAUCGAAGACUGUUCUGAUGACGUCAAGAAUGAAUAUCAAUUUGCGACAACAAUCAUCGCUAUUGCAUCGUCAUUUGCUGGAUGUGGUCAGCAGUUUUUCAGCACACUUGGAACUACAUAUCUUGACAACAAUAUUAAACGAUCAAAGAUUCCAUUGAUUUAUAGCGCUCACAGAUUUGUGCGUCUUCUAGCACCAGCGAUUGGAUUAAACACAGCGUCAUUUUUCUUGAAAUUUUAUGUUGCGCCGCAUCUUCAUCCGACGAUCAACAACAAAGAUCCACGAUGGAUUGGUGCAUGGUGGGGUGGCUACAUAAUCUUAGCAAUUGCUUCGAUUCUUCUGGUUCCUAUUUUGGCAAAAUUUCCAAGAAUGCUACCACGAGCUGUUGAAAGGAAACGAAUGAAAGGCGAACAGUUGAUGAAAAACGUUGAAAAGCCUUCAAUUCAAGAUCUUUUCGACACCAUUAAAAGACUUUUGACAAACAAAACAUACUUUUGCAAUACGAUGGCAGCAAUUUUCUAUGUUUUCGGUUUCAUUCCUUACGGAUAUUUCAUGCAAAAGUAUCUUCAAAUUCAAUUUCUUUUAUCACCUUCGUUUGCCAACGCAAUGACGGGUUCAGUGAGCUUUGUAGCAUCGGCUGUAGGACUCUUAACUGCUGGAAUCGUAAUCACGAUAUUUAAACCAAGAGCACGAUAUCUUGCUGGUUGGAAUAUUGUUACAAGUUUCAUAAGUGCGUUGGGAUUGAUCGCGUUUGGAUUUGUUGGAUGUCCAGCAAACAACAAUGCAGAAAUUUUGAGAAACUCAUUGGAAAGUGCACGUUGUAACAUGGAUUGUCAUUGUGACUUUGUCAAAUAUUCUCCAGUAUGCGGCAUUGAUGGUGUCACUUACAUUUCCGCAUGUCAUGCUGGUUGUCAUGAUGACUUUAAAUUUAAGAAUGGAACGAAAAUAUUCACAAACUGUGACUGCAUCAAUUCUGAUAAAGAUUUUCAAUCUUUUACAUCAACAGCAAUCAAUGAAAAAAAAUUUAACAGUUCAGCAAAGCCAAGUCCAUGUUAUGUUGAUUGCCUUUCGUAUUUUUAUAUUUUUUUGAUUGUGAAUUGUAUCAACAAAUUCAUUGGUGGAACUGAAGGUGCUACGAACUUCCUGAUGGGAUUGCGUUGUGUUGAAGAAAGAGACAAAGCAGUUUCGCUUGGACUCACUUCGGCAAUCAUAAAGUUUGGCGCUGUGAUUCCAAGUCCAAUCGUGUUCGGUUAUAUCUUUGAUCGUUCUUGUAUUUUAUGGGGUCAAACUUGCUCGAAAAAUGGUAAUUGUUGGCUUUAUGAUAAUGACGUCAUUAAAUAUACAUUUAAUGUAACUGCUGGAAUUUUCAUUAUGAUUGGCACAUUUUGGGAUAUCGGGACUUGGUACUACGCAAAAGAUGUCGAAAUAUUUGAUGCUGAGUUAAAGGAUGAAAAAGAAAGUGACGAGAAAUAAAGAGUUGAAACCAAUUAUGUACUUGAAACACUUGAAAACUUAGUUAAAUAUUUAAUUUUUGGUUGCAGUGACUCAAACACUUCAU